AUGACCACCACUUUGACCACCAACUUCGGCCUCGUCAGGGCUUUCAAUCGAGUGGGUGGAUGGGGUUUGGGCACUGCAGACUUGACCUUGAACAGAAACUCGGCGCAGCUACGAAUGACUGUAACCCUGGUACCCAUCACCUGGCGCCUAAACGAAACCAUGCUUGGGUCCAACCGCAAUGUGAGGCUGCGAGUAUUGAGUUCUUUUCCAAGGAGUCUUGACGCCCAUUGGUGGUACCCUCAAUCCGUCAUCAUGGAUCCGGAGACGGCUCGUCAUGAAAAUAGCCAGAAGCAAGCGGAAGACCAUACGACGAAACAAGGAUCCCCACAGACUCCCGCACUUAAGGACAAACUGGCCAGCGAGACCCAUUUGCGCCGCUUCACGGAGAAUGUAUUGGACUCCAGGCAACAGGAGAUUGAGAAUCGGGAAUCAGAAAAGGGCCAGCUUGCAGUAGAGGCGGAAACUCUCAGAAGACAACUUGCGGUCGCCCAGCGGCAGCUCGCAGAGGCUCAGGAUCAGAUCUUUCGUCUACAGCCUAGGAGAAGAGAUAUCACAGAAGCAGAGGCUAGAGAAGCCUACAAGAUCCUAGUUGGGAAUGUCCAGCGCUGGGUUGAAAACCGUGCUGCAUAUGCUAUUGAGGAUCUGGAAAUUGGCCGCCUUGCUGCCAGAGCAUCCUCUCCAGAAGGGCUGCGACUCGUUUCUCUUCUCAGGGAACAGUCAAGACGAUGCUUAAAUGUUACGCAGUCUGACGAAUUUCACAUCACUGGGGUCAUCAUGAACUAUCUCCACGUUACUCUGUUCUCAAAGUCCUUUUAUUGUCCUCUCGAUGAUACGGAAGGUGACGGAACGUCGAGAUGGGUUGAUGAUCUCGAGAAUACUAUGUCCCGACUGCCAAGAGAUACAGCUCAUUGUAGGGAAUGGAGAAGCGAGACGCUGACUGCCUUGACUCACCAACCAUCUUUCAGAACGCGCCGGCAAAGAUUUCUGAAUUUUGUUGUUGACGAUCUGACAACUUUACUCUCAAUAAUUGCCCCGAAAAGUCCUCCCGCUGAACUGCAUAGUUCUGUUCGUCGAAGCAUUGUAGAACCUGCAGCAGAUCUCGCUCAUCAGCUUCACCUGGCGCCCAGUGUAUUUUCAUUGAAGUGGCCUGCUCGCACAGCUGCGACGAGGUUGGAGGUUUACCAAUGCUUGAAUCUGGCGAAUGGAGGAGCAAUUCUUGACUUGAGUGGAACAAAGGCAGCUUCUCAAGCACGCCGCGGUGUCAUAUAUCUCUUUGAUAUAGCUCCCGGGCUUUUCGUCGAGAGAGUCGAGGGUGGUAGAAAGCUCGGGCUGAAAGCAAUUGUUAAACCCACAGUUCUCGUCACCAACUCUGGUGGGGAUGUGCUCCAGGGCCCAACAAUAAUGAGUUUCCUAUGGAAUAAUACGCCAACUUCUCAAGGAACCAGUCGAAGCUCAUCAAGAGCAUCAAGUUCAAGGAGGCCAGCUGGAUCUGUCAUAUCGGCAUCAAGCAGACAAAGAUAUUAG